AGAGUCUGUGUGCAGUGUGGCACCAGGACGAGCUCUCAGUGGCACCACAACUGUUUGCUGUGUGACAGCUGCUACCAGCAGCAGGAUGCGGGCAUGUCCUGUCCACUGUGUGGGAAGGCCUUGCCUCCAGACGUUCAGAAGGACAUGCUCAGUUGUCAAGUGUGUAAAAGGUGGAUACACCUGGAAUGCGAGAGGCAGGCCGAAGGGGAAAGUGACAUGCACGUGAAAGAAGACUACGUCUGCACAAUUUGCAAGCAGGUUGAACUGGAGCUGACUCAGAUGCAGGCCGGCGAGCACCAGGGCAACACCGGGUCAACUUCAGAACCUGGAACAGCAAUUGCAGAGGACACUGAAACUGAAGAAAUUGUGCAGCAGGAGCAAGUUGCCAAUAAGUUUUCACUCAAUGAAGAACGGAAAAAUGAAGACUGUACACUAGUCAUUGAACCUGCACAAGAGAUUCAAGUCACAGUGACCGUCACAGAGCCGGCCGAGCUGCCUGAGGCGCCCGCGGUUCCUGUAGAGGCACCACAGCUGCCGGUAGCAGUUCUGGCUGCGGGGGAAGUGGAAGAGAGACGGGAAGAUAUGGAGAUAACUGAAUCGGAAAAGGUCUUCAUGGAGCUCCCGUCUGAAAAGGUGGACGAGAGGCAGCAGUCGGAAGAACUGAAACAGGAUGUCAAAUCACCCACCAAAGAAACGGUCUAUGAGCCAGCGGUCACUGCCCAGACAGAGCCCAUGGUGGUCUCUGCUCCAGAACAACGUGGAACAGACGGAACGGUGGAACCCGUUGUCCCAGAGUCGGAAGUACCCGCGGCCGCAGCGGAUGAGACCAAACCCGUCCGCGAUCUGCCAGAUGAGAAAGAGGCCUCGCAGGUUUGCGACGUCAGCCCGGUGGUCGAGAUGGAUACCACGCCCGCCAGCGAAAGGAGCUUCUCCGACAUGAACUCGCCCACAGAGGACAAGGCUCUGAAGCAGUCUCCGGAAAUGCCCUAUUCCGUGUCUUCGGACUCCAGCAAGUUGGCUCAGUCGCCCUUCUCUGUGGGGGCGUCUCCGAAGGAAUCGUCCCACGCUCAGAACUUCUCGGUGGCUAGUGGAUACAACGGCAGCGCUGCUUCCACGACUUUCAUCCCUGUGGCUCCCAAAAUUGGCAUGGGAAAGCCCGCGAUCACCAAGAGGAAGUUCUCUCCUGGAAGACCCCGGGUGAAACAGGGAGCUUGGAGCACCCCUAGCGCUGUGAGCUCGCCUUCAUGGUCCCCAGACCGCUCAGAGGGGUGGGAAACCCCAAAGACGAGGCAGCCAUCCAGCACUCCCAUCUGGACCGUCAAAGUGGGCCGUGGAUCAGGCUUUCCAGGGAAGAGGAGGCCAAGGGGUGCUAGCCUUUCAGGGCGAGGAGGAAGAGGCCGUUCAAAGAUGAAGAAUGGAAUUGGCCCAGUUAUAACACCUGGAGUGAACCUCACAGAAACGUAUUCUGUAAAGGAUGAGGAAGAAAACUCGAUGCACAACACAGUUGUUCUGUUCUCCAGCAGCGACAGGUUCACUUUGAAACAGGACAUGUGUGUCGUCUGUGGAAGUUUCGGGCAGGGAGCAGAGGGGAGGCUCCUGGCUUGUUCCCAAUGUGGCCAGUGUUACCAUCCGUAUUGUGUCAGUAUUAAGAUCACGAGGGUGGUGCUGAGCAAGGGCUGGCGCUGCCUGGAGUGCACGGUGUGCGAGGCCUGCGGGAAGGCCUCCGACCCCGGGCGGCUGCUGCUGUGUGACGACUGCGACAUCAGCUACCACACCUACUGCCUGGAGCCGCCCCUGCAGACGGUGCCCAAGGGCAGCUGGAAGUGCAAGUGGUGUGUUUCCUGCACGAACUGCGGUGCCACGUCUCCAGGCCUGAGGUGUGAGUGGCAGAAUAAUUACACGCAGUGUGCUCCCUGCGCCAGCCUGGCUGUCUGCCCAGUCUGCUGCCGGAAUUAUCGGGAGGACGAACUCAUUGUGCAGUGCCGUCAGUGCGACAGGUGGAUUCACGCCACAUGCCAAAACCUGAACACUGAGGAGGAAGUGGAAAACGCAGCAGAUAACAGCUUUGAUUGUACCAUGUGCAGAGCACGAAUGACACCAUGCCAGGGCAUGGAAGGCAGCGAAUCCCCGAUCUUGGCACAGAUUGUGACAAAAAUGAAGGAACAGGACCCACCUAAGACAUACACCCAAGAUGGGGUGUGUCUGACGGAGUUGGGACUGUCCCAACUGCAGAGCCUUUCCGUGAUGGCCCCGCGGCGGAAAAGGCCCAAACCCAAACUGAAACUGAAGAUCAUAAACCAGAACAGCGUGGCGGUGCUGCAGACACCCCCAGACCCCCAGUCUGAGCACUCCAGGGAUGGGGAAAUGGAUGACAGCCGAGAAGGGGACCUUUUAGACUGUGAUGGAAAGUCUGAUUCCAGCCCUGAGCGGGAGCCUGCAGAUGACGACUCCAAGGGAGCCGAAGGAGCUGAUGGAAUCAAGAAGAGAAAGAGGAAACCUUACCGACCCGGUAUUGGUGGGUUUAUGGUACGCCAGAGGAGCCGAACAGGUCAGGGCAAAACCAAACGCUCCCUCUCCAGGAAAGACUCUACGGGCUCUGUGUCUGAAAACCUCGCUGGGAAGGAGGAAGGCUGGAAUGAGCAAUUGCCUGAGACUCCAGUUGAAGAGACAGUCCCUGGGUCAGAGUGCCUGGAGAAAGCAAAGAAACGAUACAGGAAAAAGAAAAACAAAUUGGAGGAGACAUUUCCCACAUACUUGCAGGAAGCCUUCUUUGGCAAAGACCUUUUGGACACGAGUCGACAGAACCGGUUGAACUUAGAAAGCAAUCUCUCCGACGAAGACCCCACACAGGCCGAGAGCAAGCCUCCUAGCGCCAACACAAGUUUUCUGGACCCUUCCUCGGAUCCGCUACUAAGUGCAGCCACCACAACUUUUUCCUCCAAAGGAGCAACCCAACCCAAUUCUGAGGAUCCUUUGGCUGUCCUUUCGGAAGUGCUGAGCAAUGAUGAUGAUAUCCUGGGAAUUCUGUCCGAUGACUUGGUGAAACCUGGGGAUGAUUCAGGUCUUGAUUUAUGCACUUUCCAGGUCGAGAACUCUCCCUCUCCAUUUGCUGGACUGGAUAUAGUUCCCAUUGCGGAUGAUCCGUCUGCUGCCCCACAGCAGACUCUGGGCCGGAGUGUGCGCUCCCUGCCCGAGGAACCACUGGAUGGGAUUCUCAGUCCCGAACUGGAUAAAAUGGUCACUGAUGGUGCGAUUCUCAGCAAGCUUUACAAAAUCCCAGAGCUUGAAGGGAAGGAUGUGGAGGACCUGUUUACUGCUGUUCUGAGUCCCAGCACCAGCCAGCCCCCACAGCUGUCGCACCCCGCGCCCCCGCCGCCGCCUGCCGGACCCGCCGCGCCAGGGCCACCCCUCCCCCUGCCGAACCCAGGAGAUGGCAUGUUUCCUAGAAUGCCAGUAAUGAAUGGCCUGAUGGGUCCAGCCCCCCAUUUUCCUACAGCCCCCAUGAACCCUGCGGGCGGACCCUGCAUUCCUGGCACCUUCUCGCCCAUCCAUCGCAUGCCGUUCCCGGAUGCUGCCAGGGACAAGAAGCAUCAGUUCACUCAGGUGGUCAGCGACCCCGUGGGCUCAUGGCCGCCGCCGGUCCCAGCGGCCGAGGGGGAAGCCGACACCAUGUCCAGCGCCCAGAGGAGCACCCUGAAGUGGGAGAAGGAGGAAACACUCGGGGACAUGGCCACUGUCGCCCCCGUCCUCUACACCAACGUGAACUUCCCGAACCUCAAGGAGGAGUUCCCUGACUGGUCUACAAGAGUAAAGCAAAUUGCAAAACUGUGGAGAAAAGCCAGUUCCCAAGAACGAGCACCAUAUGUGCAAAAAGCAAGAGAUAACAGGGCUGCCCUGCGUAUUAAUAAGGUCCAAAUGUCCAAUGAUUCCAUGAAAAGACAGCCUCAUCCUCCAGACAUUUAUGAUCUUGUUGAGCCAGAGCCAUAUAAGGAAACACUGAAGCACAAGGAAUCUGAACAUGAACAGGAGUGGAAAUUCAGACAGGAAGUGUUAUGUCAGAUGUGUGGACCCCUUAAGAAGCAACAGGAAAAGAUUCCAAAAAGCAAAGCCAUAACUUCAAAUAAAGAAGUCCUUUUUGGACAUUCCAACCAGGCAUCUAAAGCUGCAGGAUGUGGAAAAUAUACUCUGCAAAUGAGACAGAAAAGCAAGCAGCAAGCCAAAAUUGAAGCUACUCAGAAACUGGAGCAAGUAAAAAGCGAACAGCAGCAGCAGCAGCAGCAACAGUUACAACAGCAGCAGCAGCAGCAACAGUUCACUGGACAGUCAGGGAGUGAUACACCUACCAGUGGGAAUCAGAGCCCCCUUACUCCCCAGCCUAGCAAUGGAAGUAUGUCCCCUGCACAGCAGAUGACGUCCAAAGAUGCCUUUGCAAGACCUCAGCUGCCUAGCACGCCCACAUCGGGGGCUUCGGAUGAUGUCUUUCUUCGACCGCAGCCCCCCCCACCUGCUGCCACGCGGAUGCCGGCGCAAGAUUCCUGUUCACAGGCCCAGUCCACCCAGCCUCAGUCCCCGCAGGUGUUCUCUCCUGGCUCCUCUAGUUCAAGACCCUCUUCUCCAUGGGAUCCAUAUGCGAAGAUGGUGGGAACCCCUAGACCCCCUCCGAUAGGGUCAGGUGCAGCCAGGAGGAACUCUGUAGAGACCUGCAACCCUCCACCAGUCAGGCCAACGGCAGAGCAGCAAGAAAGGGGUAAUCCUUCUCCUGCCCACGAGUCCUUUGGGUCUCCAACGUCCAUGAGCAAUGAUCCCUAUGCAAAACCACCAGACACACCCAGGCCUGUGAUGUCCACAGAACACUUUGUAAAGCCCAUGGUCCCCCCAAGGUCAAUGCCUGCUCCAGAGUCACCUGGAAAGCACCCAGCAGGACCAGGGCACCGUGCCGAAGUUUACCAGAGGAUGUCACAUAACAGGAUGAUCCUUUCUGAUCCAUACACCAGGCCUUUGCUGACUCCUGUUCCUGGAAGCAAUGAGUCAGGCUCCGUCCCCCUCUUUAAAACCCCAAUGCCUCCUCCUUCACAAGACCCAUACAACUCUGUGCCUUCAACACAGAGGCGCCUGCCUGUUGACCCAUACGAAAGACAGGUGCUGACGCCAAGGCCUCCAGAUAGCUUUAACCAAAACCAGCUGAAUGACCCUUAUGCCCACCCGCCACUUACUCCCCGCCCAGCAGUGAGUGACAGUUUUCCAGCCCCUCCCAGGAUGAUGCGCCAUCCACAAGGUGACCCCUUCUCACAGCUUGGGCCUGCAGCACGACUUCCUUCCAGGGAUCCGUAUGCCCAGGCCCCAUCCACCCCGAGGCCAGUGUCGGAUUCCUACUCGCAGGUUCUUGGCGCUUCUCGACCCCCACCGGACCCCUACGCACAACCGCCUGGCACCCCUCGCCCGUCCUCGGACCCUUAUUCACAGCCUCCUUCAACGCCUCGGCAAAUGUCGGACCCCUAUGCUCAGUCGCCUUCGACCCCCCGGCCCUCUGCGGUGGACCAGUACCCUCAGCAGCAGCAGCCGCCUCACGCUUCAAGGCCAUCUCCCUCACACUCAGCGGACCCUUAUGCUCAGCCGCCAGGAACUCCCCGACCUGUGAUGGGGGAGAGGUAUUCAAAAUCUCCUGUCAGCCAGAGAAAUUCUGAUCCCUACGCUCAUCCUCCAGGGACGCCAAGGCCUGCAAAGAAUGACCCAUACUCUCAGCCACCUGGAACCCCCAGACCAGUGCUGAAUGACCCUUAUGCCCAGCCUCCAGGUACACCAAGGCCUGGCGCCUCAGAGGUGUUUAACCGACCUGUCGUCUGCAGGCCUGGACAAAUGCCAAACCCAGACCCCUUCUCAUCGCCACCACAGAACAGAGGUGUUGGUGGGCAAGAGACAUUUUUGCGCCCUGCGGCACCUGGCCCUCAAACCUUAAAACACUCGGUUAUACCAGAGGAUGGUUUCGCACCGCCUCAGCCCAACCAGACACCGAUUCACGAUCCCUUUGAACAGGCAUCUUUGAACCCUCGGCCGCAAUCUGGGGAAAGGCUUGCGCUUGAUGUGAACGAACAGCAGGGCACAGGACAUGAGGGCAACUAUGGAGUUUCUCCAGAGCACAAAUUGAACCCCCAGGCCAUGGGGCAGUUUUGUAAUAUCCCACAAACAACAGGAGCAGCAAAUGAGCCAAACAGUGUGCAGCAACCCCAGGGAGAUACUGAAGAAAAGCUCAGACAGCGCCAGCGCCUGAGGGAGCUGAUCCUGAGGCAGCAGCAGCAGAAGAGUGCCAUCCGCCAGGAGAAGGGCCUGCAGGAGCCCGCCAUCCCGGCGGCCGCAGGAGCGGCUCGGCCCUGGUCACAGGACGAGGCCGUCCAGCAGAGCGAGCUGUUCAACAGGCCUCCUCCCCCGUACCCAGGGACGGCGCGGGGUCCCCUCAUGCCGGGAGCGCCGAGGUUUCCCGGCCCUUUUCCGGGUGAACCCCGAGGACCCUUUGCUGGGGAGGUCCAGUUCAACAGACCCCAGUUUCCCGGAGAUGUCGGUGGCAUGGGCAUGAGGCCACAUGGGCCCAGAUUUGGUUUUCCAACUGGUGGGCAAGGACCACUUGCAGUGCAAGAGCAUUUUAUGCGACCUCCGCAUCAGAUGCAAGGUCAAAUACUUGACGUUCCACCACAGAUGAGAAGGUCCUUGUCUGUUGAUCUCGUGCGACCGAUGGGAAAUAAUCCAAUGGGACUUCCCCAGCAUUUUCCUCCUCGUGGCAUGCCAAUGCAACAGCACAACAUAAUGGGGCAGCCUUUUAUAGAACUCAGACAUAGGGCUCCUGAGAGCAGACUUAGGCUUCCCUUCAACCCUUCUGUAAUGACAGGGAAUGUUAUGGAUCCAUCCCUUCAGCCUCAAAGACCAGUGGGAUUUAUGAGUGGGCAAGAAAUGGUGUUCCCUGCCCAUCUGGGCCCAAGAAUGAUGGAACCAAUCCCAGGCCAACCACCGGGAAUGGCUCAUAUUCAGAUGUCAUCUAGUCUAGAGAAUAUAGCCCAGAAUCCUGUUCAGAUGAAUGCUGGACAGCCCCAUGCUCCACUGAUGAGAUCUUUGAGCCAUCCUUCUACAAAUGAUACUUUCAGCGUAGCUCCAUCCAUGCUUCUGCCUCCAGCACCCGCUGAACCAGCAGAAGAGAUUCCAAUUGCCAGCUCAGAGGGAAUUGAAGAAAAGCUAGAUACAGAUGACUCUGCUGUGAAAGAUUUAGAUGAUGUGGAAGUCAAAGACUUGGACGAUGAAGAUCUUGAAAAUCUCAAUCUUGAGGAUGGUAAAGCUGAUGAUCUGGACCUUGAAACUAAUGACUUACAUCUGGAUGACUUCUUAAGAUCAGGAAAGUUUGAUAUUAUUGCAUACACAGAUCCCGAACUUGAUUUGGGGGACAAGAAAGACAUGUUCAAUGAAGAGCUUGAUCUAAGUGAUCCUAUUGAUGACCAAGCAGAGACUGCAGAAGAACACAAAGCGUCUGGAGGUGUGGCCGAAAAUAAGAAUGCUGCAUCUGUCAGUGCUGUACCCUGUCAGACAAAGACUGAAACUGUUGUAGAGGGAAAAACUGAGAAAACACCUGAAAAGCCUCAGGAUAAUGAUAACCUGAAAAUCAGCAGCCCUAAUAAGGAAGCUAAUCUUCCAUGCACAGUGAGUAUAGUUAAAGCUGAAGUGAAAGAAUGUUUAAUACACACACAGGAAUGUUGUAGCAGCAGUGAUCAAACAGACAGGUUAGGAUGUAACCAAGAAAACACUGGAGAUAACCCAAGCAUUUCUGAAGCAUCUGCUCAGCUGUCAGCCCAACCUAGUGGUGGCAGCCUCUCUGGUUCAACUCCAGUGCUUUCUAGUUUGUUGAUCAAAGACAAGCCAGAUGACACAGGGCUUAUAGAUUCUCCAAAUCAAAGUGACCUGACAUCCCAGUCAAGCCAAGUUACAGGAACGCAGCAGAACCCUGCUGUGAUAAUGACACCAGGGCAAGUACAAGACCAUGUGAUGAAUCCUAGUCUGCCUUUGGGUCAAAGGAUAAACCCUGGUUUCUCUCAGGGAGCACCGCUAGUUAAUCCAAACUUUGUUCAGGGCCAACAUCCCUGUCAGAACUUCGGAGCUGGGCAACCUGUAGACCAGACCAUCCCCAACAACAUGCCAGCAGCAGGGGCUCCGCAGGCAAUGUUCCCCCACAGCUUGAAUCAGCAGAACCGGGAGAGGCCUCUGCUGCUUGAUGAGCAGCCACUUCUUUUGCAAGACCUGCUGGACCAGGAGAGACAGGAACAGCAGCAGCAGAGACAGAUGCAAGCAAUGAUCCGCCAGCGAUCCAAUGACUCGUUCUUUCCCAACAUCGACUUUGAUGCCAUUACUGAUCCUAUAAUGAAAGCGAAGAUGGUUGCUCUCAAAGGCAUCAACAAAGUAAUGUCUCAAAACAACCUGGGGAUGCCUCCCAUGGUCAUGAACAGAUUUCCUUUUGUGGGUCAGCAAAUGCCUAGUGCACAGUCUGGGGAUGGCUCCUCUCUCCCGCAGCAAGCGGUCGGCCAGGAUGGCAAGUUAGCACCACAGAUGGCGAGACCUAAUCCUCCCAAUUUUGGACCAGGUUUUGUUAAUGAUGCCCAAAAGAAACAGUAUGAAGAGUGGCUGCAAAAGACUCAGCAGCUACUGCAAAUACAGCAGAAGUUCCUCGAGGAGGAGAUCGGAGCCCACAGGAAAUCCAAGAAGGCACUUUCAGCAAAGCAGCGCACUGCCAAAAAGGCCGGCAGAGAAUUCCCUGAAGAAGACGCCGAGCAGCUGAAGCAUGUUACAGAGCAACAGAGCGUGGUGCAGAAACAACUGGAGCAGAUUCGGAAGCAGCAGAAGGAGCACGCCGAGCUGAUCGAAGAGUAUCGCAUCAAGCAGCAGCAGCAGCAGCAGCAGCAGUGCACCAUGCAACCUGCUCUGAUGCAAGGAAUCCAGGCCCAGGCGCCAAUGGUACCAGGGGGACCGGCUAUGGGCCAGCAGAACUUCCCCAUGAUGCCCCAGCAGAUGCCACCGCACCCGGGGCAGCCGAGCCCAGCUCGCAUGCCCAAUGCGCAGAAUUGGCACCCCGGGGCCCCCGUCCCGCUGGCCGGGGCCAGGAUGCCGGCUCACAUCCCUCCACAGAUUCCAGCAAACCCGGCCCCGCCUGCCCAGGCGCCGCUUCCGGGGAGCAAACCGGUGCCGGCUGGUGCCGCUGCGGGCAACGGCGCUCCCCACGUCAAGUUUGACGACAACAACCCGUUCAGCGAGGGUUUCCAAGAGAGGGAGAGGAAGGAACGCUUGAGGGAGCAGCAGGAGAGGCAGAGGAUCCAGCUGAUGCAGGAGGUGGAGCGCCAGCGAGCUUUGAAGCAGCGGCUGGAGAUGGAGCAGCAGGGGAUGGUGGGUCCAGAUCUGAACAGAGCACCGCUUUCCCAGAUGCCCUACUUUAAUCCAGAUAUGUCCCCCGACUUCAUGCAGCCCCAGAGGCCGCCACAGCCAACCCCUCAGCAGCAGCUGGGGCAGAUGUUCCCCCAACAACAGAAUAUGCAGCAAGGCUUCGUGGGCUCCCCUCCUGGUACACCUUUCAUGCAGGGUGCUGAGCGUAGGCCAGUGAUGGGCAAUGGACCAUUUGGCCCAGACAUGACAGUUGGAGGCCCAGGUUUCCGAGCCAAGAACCCAGCCCUGCAGGGGGCUAACUUUACGCAGGGCCCGCCCAGACCGCCAGGAUUUGGUGGUCCUGGCAUAAUGCCACAAGGCGCUGGCGAAGGACCACCAUUUGGUAUGGAGCCUGCCACACCCCUUCCUCCAAAUUAUCCCGGUUCUGGCCCAUCCUUGAUCCAGCUGUAUUCCAACAUCAUCCCUGAGGAGAAAGGGAAAAAGAAAAGAAACCGGAAAAAGAAGAAAGAUGAUGACGCGGAUUCGGUGAAGACUCCUUCCACUCCGCACUCUGACCUUACUGCCCCACUGACACCCUGUGUUUCAGACACAGCUUCCACACCCACACAGAACGCCCCUGCUGACUCCCUGCUGCAGCACCAGGGCGACCAGGACACAGCUGAACUCCUUCCUGGUUCCUCUACUCCUGGAUCCCUGGGAAGUCAGCCUCCUUCUGAGCUGGAGCGGCAGCUAUCGGGAAGCAGCAGCAGCAGCGGUGGUGGGGGAGGAGGAGGAAGAGGCAGCGGUCUCUCACAAACAACGGGGCGUCCGUCUAGCGGCAGUUCAGAGGCAGACAGGGGUCAGCAAGAGGAGCCACACAAAGGUGUCCACGAGAUCAAAGUGGAAAGGGUGGAGUCCUCCGAGUGUCACACACCCAAAGAUUCCAAGGUGGAACAGGUCCAAGGAAUCGUAAAGCUCGAAGAUGGUAAGGAGGGGACCCCACCUCACGUGGCUGGCCAGAGCCCAGCUCACAGCACCGACGGAACGGGAACGAAACUGGAGUCUGGAAAUGAGCUGCUGAAGCACCUGCUGAAAAACAAGAACGCGCCGUCCUUGCUUUCUCAUCAGAAAUCGGAUGAGAGCCUGCGAUCUGAGGACGAGGGGUCCGCAGAGCACAGACAGUUGCAGAAACAGGGUUCUGCUGAUGGCGCGAUACAGCGGCCCACUGCCAACCAAAUGCCCAGGAGCCUGGGCCUCCAGGGUCCUCAGCUGCAGAGAGCCGAGCAGGACCCGGACAAGAAGAAGCAGCGGAACAAGAGGGCCCCCAAGGGCAGCGAGAAACCAGCCUCUCGCUCCAAAAAGAGAAAGAAGGAGGAGGAGGAGAGGCCAUUGGUGUACUCCAACACCGAUACCUUAAUGACUCAACUGAAACAGCAACUCUCUCUGCUACCGUUGAUGGAGCCCUUGAUAGGUGUGAACUUUGCACACUUCCCUCCCUACGGCAGUGGACAGCUGAACGGGGAAAACCGACUGUCCGGCACCUUUGGAAGUGCAUCCCUGGAUGGGGUAUCGGACUACUACUCCCAGUUGAUUUACAAGAACAACUUAAGCAACCCCCCUACUCCACCAGCUUCGUUGCCUCCAACCCCACCCCCAGUUUCUCGGCAGAAGAUGGUGAAUGGCUUCGCCACAGCAGAAGAGCUGACCAAUAAAGCUGCUGUGAUGGGGGGUCAUGAUGUUACCAAAAGCCUUGGACCCAAGCAGUUCCAGAUGCCCUUUAGGCCUGAAGAGGAUUUGCUCGCCCGAGCAAUUGCUCAGGGCCCUAAAACAGUGGAUGUGCCAGCCUCCCUACCCACACCUCCUCAUAACAACCAGGAGGAGCUCCGAGGACAGGAGCACUGUGAAGACCGGGAUACCCCCGACAGCUUCGUCCCCUCCUCUUCGCCUGAAAGUGUGGUGGGGAUGGAGGUCAGUCGUUACCCGGACCUCUCCUUGGUGAAGGAGGAACCCCCUGACCCUGCCCCCUCCCCAAUUAUCCCCAUGCUGCCCAGCUCCAGUGGAAAAGGGUCAGAAGCCAGGCAGAAUAAUGUGAAGAUGGAGCCAUCUGGCGUGUUCUUUGGAUCUCAGUUCGGGCCGUCGCAGAAUUGUUCAAAAACAGGGCUCGUAUCCAUAGCAAUUACACUGAACCCAGCUGCAGCAGAGAACAUCCAUGGUGUGGUAGCAGCGGUGGCCGAUCUCUUGUGUGUGAAAAUCCCCAACAGCUAUGAGGUUAGCAAUGCUCCAGACAGGGGCUCGCUGGCCUUCCUCAACAGCCUCAAGGUACACCAGCAGAACUUUGAGCCUCGACCCCAGUUGCUGUUCCAAGGGCCUGGCCCAAACCAUUCAGCAGUCAUGAGGUUCAUGAGACCCUCGGGACCUGUGGGAAUGCUGCAGCCUCAGCUUCAGUUCCACCCCAGCAGUACCGGUUCGGCUGUGGUGAAAGGAGACCCUGGACUGAAACCACAGUGGUGCUGUCACUGCAAGGUUGUGGUUCUUGGAAAUGGAGUAAGGAAAUCCACCAAAGACUUGCCUUCUGCUGGACAGGACUCACGGGACGGACCAGGGCGAACAGAGGGGAACAUGGUCUUCUGCAGCCACAACUGCUUUGUUCUGUACUGCACAGCCAUUCAGUCCAAAACCACGGAGGCCAAGGAAGCUAUUACUGUCCUGUCCGAUUCCAAAGCCAAAGAGGCGACUUCCAAAACCCUUCACCAGUACAGCAACAACACCUCCAUGCUGGAUGUCCACUGCUUGCCACAGCUGCAGCCGAAGGAGUCUCCUCCCCUGACUCCUCCCAUCACCUUCCCCACUGCUGCCUUGGAAGCCGCCAAGAUCGACGCCAAGCCCGAUGUGCUGAAGGUCACGGUGAAGCUGAAGCCGCGACCCAGGGCUGUCCACAACGCUUUCGAGGACUCCCGGCACGCGGGGAAGAGGUGGAAAGGCAUGCGGUGGAGGAAGUGGAGCGUCCAGAUUGUGCUCCCGAAAGGCAACUUCAAGCUGCCUUGCGAGGACGAGAUUGACGAGCUCCUGCAGAAGCUUGGGACCUCCCUGAGGCCAGAACUGCUCCCUAAAGACCACCGGAAAUGCUGCUUCUGCCAUGAGGAAGGCGACGGUAUGACAGAUGGGCCUGCCAGGCUCCUUAACCUUGACCUUGACCUCUGGGUGCACCUGAACUGCGCGCUGUGGUCCACAGAGGUCUACGAGACGCAGGCGGGGGCGCUGAUCAACGUGGAGCUGGCACUGAGGCGCGGGCUGUCCAUGAAAUGCGUAUACUGUCAGAAAAUGGGCGCCACCAGCGGGUGCCACCGGCUGCGCUGCACCAACAUCUACCACUUCACCUGUGCCCUCAAGGCCCAGUGCAUGUUCUUCAAGGAUAAGACCAUGCUCUGCCACAUGCACCGGCCCCGGGGGGGCACCCACGAGCACGAGCUCAGGUACUUCGCCGUGUUCCGCAGAGUGUACGUGCAGCGGGACGAGGUGAGGCAGAUCGCCAGCAUCGUGCAGCGGGGCGAGAGGGACCACACUUUCCGUGUCGGCAGCCUCAUUUUCCACGCCAUUGGCCAGCUGCUGCCUCACCAGAUGCAGGCUUUCCAUGGUCCCACUGCCAUCUACCCCGUGGGCUAUGAAGCCAGCCGACUCUACUGGAGCAUGCGCUAUAGCAACCGCCGCUGCCGCUACCUCUGUUCCAUCGACGAAAAGGACAGCAAGCCCGAGUUCACCAUCAGAGUCGUGGAGCAGGGCUACGAGGAUCUGGUUCUCACCGAUAGUACUCCGAAAGGGGUCUGGGAUAAGGUUUUGGAGCCGGUAGCAGAACGGCGCAAUGAGUCUGGUACAUUGAAACUAUUCCCAGUGUACCUGAAAGGAGAAGACCUCUUCGGCCUCACGGUCUCUGCUGUGACUAGGAUAGCUGAAUCUCUCCCUGGGGUUGAGGCCUGUGAAAACUACACAUUCCGCUAUGGCCGAAAUCCUUUAAUGGAAUUGCCUCUGGCCAUCAACCCCACAGGCUGUGCGCGCUCUGAGCCCAAAAUGAGUUCCCAUGUCAAGAGGUUUGUGUUAAGGCCUCACACACUGAACAGCACCAGCACAUCGAAGUCCUUUCAGAGUACAGUGACUGGGGAGCUCAAUGCACCAUACAGCAAACAGUUUGUUCAUUCCAAGUCCUCUCAGUACCGCAAAAUGAAAACCGAGUGGAAGAGCAAUGUUUAUCUGGCCCGGUCUCGCAUCCAGGGUUUGGGACUAUACGCUGCCAGAGACAUUGAAAAAUACACCAUGGUCAUUGAGUACAUUGGAACCAUCAUACGUAAUGAAGUUGCAAACAGGAAAGAAAAGCUUUAUGAAUCUCAGAACCGUGGAGUCUACAUGUUUCGAAUUGACAGUGAACAUGUCAUUGAUGCAACACUGACAGGAGGUCCAGCCAGGUAUAUCAACCAUUCUUGUGCACCAAACUGUAUAGCUGAGGUAGUGACCUUUGAAAGAGGACAUAAAAUCAUCAUCAGCUCUAACAGGAGGAUUCAAAAAGGAGAAGAGCUGUGUUAUGACUACAAGUUUGACUUUGAAGACGACCAGCAUAAGAUUCCUUGUCACUGUGGAGCUGUAAACUGCCGAAAGUGGAUGAACUGAAAAUCGCAUUCCUUGGCCAUCUUUUUUUUUACAGAUGCACUUGUUCCUUUGGAAGAAGUGUUUGAAACUAAAGAUCUUUCAAUACUGGGGGGGGAGGGAAGGGCUGUGCUUGGGGUGGGGUGGGUUUAGCAGCGGGAUUAUGAGUAGGGUUGGAGUCCAAUGUUUUGUGAUAAUAUUGAUUUCUUGGAGAUGACUUGUAAAAAGGCACAAUGCCAAUUGGGUUCUUCAUGACAGAAGACAAAUUGGCGACACACUGGCACUUCAGUACUGAGUUGAGUGACAAAACAUUUUAGGAUUUUGGACAAGAAACCGGAGGGCUGAGCUGCUAGCUCAUGUUGCGGUGAGUGAUUAUGAAUGUAGGAGAGAAUUCACCAGCGGAUCCAGAGCGUACAUAGUGCUGGCCACAGCCUUAUUUGUUUAAAAAGGGGCAGGCCCUCUAGUUUAAAAAGAUAUAUAUAGAAAAAUAUAUUAAAAAACGUAGACACCACUGAACAAGGAAUGUACUGAGAUGACUUCCUUAGGGAUACAGCUAAGGGAAAUUAACUUGCACUAAAAUACAUUUAAAAUACUUGAUUCCAUGAGUCAGUUUAUCGUAGUUUGUUUUUUUUUGGAUUUCUGUAAAAUAAGAGAAACAUUUUUGUAUUUAUUAUUGGAUAAGUGAAUGAAGCUAUUUUUAAAAAUUAAAAAAAGAAGAAAGCAAACUGCUGCUGUUGCCUGCAGAUUUAACAGAUCUUGUUACUUUGUACAAAGUGUAUAUAGUUUGAAAAAAUUGUUUAAAGAUAUAGAAAUUAUUGACCAAAUGCUACCUUAACUUUGCGGCUGUUUGGGUUGUUUUCUUUGUUUUUUGUUUUGACAAAAUAAUUUAAUAAGGAUGUCAUAAUUUCGUUCAGAGUAUAUAUAGUGUAUAGAUGUGGUGUACAGAAUGUGUAAAAAAAAACAUUCACAUGAAAAUAUUUUGUUGUAAUAUUGUAACCGUCGUAAUUAAUGUCUUCUGACCACUUGAAUUUUUUUCUUUUUUCUAGUUUCCAUAAUCAUUACUUUCCUUUUGCUUUUGUUUGGGUUGUAUGAUGACUUUUGUGAUCGAGGCAUCGAUCUGAGGAUCGCAAGGAAAAAUUGUGACAUCCUUAUUCUGUAAAUCAGGUUGGAGAUUAUAACUAGUGAGAACUGUGAAUUUUUAGGUCUAAAACCACGCAAGCCGAAUCUGGAAGCUUCUUUUUAACAUGAACAGGCCCAUCUUUCGUACUCCGAUCAUGCAGGCUUAAGAGUAGAAGACACUGCUUAGGGCUUCAGUCGUGCAGAUGUGUUUUCAGAAAUUUUACAUUUGCCUUUUGCUUACAAAUUGUAGGAGCCUGGCAGUUGGGUUUGAAAUACAGAAAAAAACAAGGAAAAGUUUGUAUGGAUUGUUUUUGUUUACAUUUCUUUAAGGAAAAAUAAAACCAACACUGUCUGUGUGUUGACUGGUGGAGAAGUGAUAACAUUUUCAGCCAGUUUAGCGUUUCAUUUUCAAGUAAAAAAAAUCUGGUACUGACACUUCACAAACCAUUUAAGUUUGAAAUGAAGUUUUCUUUUGUGUGCACAAUUUCAGUGGACUGUAAAACUGUUGGUAUAUUCAAAGACAGUCUUGUAAUGUAUAUGGCAUGAUGUAUUUUUUAACUUUCAGAUAAAUCAAUUGUAUAUAUUUUUUUCUUGAUAAAUAGCUGUAAUGAAAUUGUUUCUUGGAUAUUUUUCUCCUCCUUGUACAAUAUUCCAACAUCCUUACCAGUAUUUGUCCUACGAUUUUUUUUCUUUGUCCUGUAUAGUAGUACCUAAUGUCAACAAAAUGAAGCCUUUUUGAAGUAUAAAGAGUGUUAUGGGUUUUGGAGUUUGUGGAACCAGAUUUAGGAGCAUUUACAAAAAAAAUAAAAUAUUUUACAU